CACCGUCUGCUUCCAAAACGGAUGUAAACACUGCCCGGUUCACGUGGAGGCAGGAACCGACUAUGGCACCGAAGCUGGAGCGUUUUGUCAGUCCGGGGAAGGGUAACGGUCUGCGGGCGACAGCUCGGAUCAAGAGAGGGGAGCUGGUGUACUCCUGCGAGCCGCUGGCGUGCUGUGUGUCCAACAAACUGUCCAGAGACGUCUGCCAUCACUGCUUCACACGACGGGAGACCUUGUUGAGGUGUUCCCAGUGCAAGACAGCUCGCUACUGCAACAUCACCUGCCAGAGACAAGCAUGGUCUGGGCAUAAGAGAGAGUGUAAAUGUCUGCGAAGCCUCCUACCCAGAAUUCCCACUGACUCAGUCCGUCUGGCUGCCAGACUCAUCUUUGCCAUGUUAAGUCCAUCUCAGAACAGCAGUGAGGAGCUGUACACUUUGGAGGAGCAUGAAUCACACCUGAGUUCUGUGUCUGAGCAGAAGAAACAAGGUCUGUCUCAGCUAGCGUCCAUGUUGGAGCUGUACCUACAACAGGAGGCACCUGACCUGAUGCGGGAAAUGACAUCACUGCCGCCCUCCUGCAGAGAACCCCUCAGCCUUAUUGCAAAGGUGACGUGUAAUUGUUUUACCAUCAGUGACGGAGAGCUUGAGGAGAUUGGUGUUGGGCUCUAUCCUAGUUUAUCUCUGCUGAACCAUGACUGUAGGCCAAACUGUGUGAUGGUGUUCAAGGGGACAAAGCUGCAGCUGAGAGCCGUUCGGGAGAUCAACCCUGAAGAGGAGCUAACUAUAAGUUACAUCGAGACACUGUCAUUGACUGAAGAUGGACAGAAGCAGCUGGAGGACCAGUACCACUUCACCUGCCGCUGUCAGCGCUGUGACUCCCAAGACAAAGACGGACUCAUGCUCUCAGGUGGUGAAUCAACAUGGAGACCAUUGAAGGAGGCUCUGCCCAGACUGGAAGGACUGAAAGCAGAGUCGAACUGGCAAACACUACUAGAGAGCUGCAGCCAUCUGUUAUCAACUGUUGGCUGCGACGUGCCUGAAGAAAACCUGUAUAAGCUCAGGGUGACAGACAUGGCUCUGGAUGCUUCCGUUCACCUGGGACACUGGGAGGAGGCUGUGGGAUAUGGGGAGAAAACACUCCCAGUAUACAGACAAUACUACCCUGAUCCCCAUCCAGUCCAUGGAGUCCAGCUGAUGAGAGUUGGAAAGCUGCAGCAUUACUUGGUGCACAUUGAGGAUGCUCUGGAAACAUUCAAACAGGCCUAUCAGAUCAUAAAGGUCACCCACGGUGACGAUCACCCCAUGACCACCGAUCUGCUGAUGAAGAUGGAGGAAUGUCGCACUGAGAUGGAUCAACACUCAUCCAGCUGAUACAUGGAUUCUUUUUUUAUUUUAGUCAUAAUGUUAGCGGUGUAUUAAUCAGUCCCAAUCAUCAGUUCCAUAGAGAUGUGUAAUCUGAACAAGAAGUGGAGAGUUUUGAUGACUGUAUAUUACAUCUGAUGAACUGGCAUGAAUUAAAAUCUUUUUGUCAACA